UCCAUCACUUGUAUUGUAUUCAUAUUCUCUACCAUUUGGUUCCAUCUUUUGCAUCACUUUCCCCUUGCAACACCGAAAAAAAGAUAAAAACAAAAACAAAAAACAAAAAAAAGUGAGUUCAUAGAGAGAAAGAGCAUGAUGGAUGGAAGAGGAGGUUGUUGCAUCGUCAGAAAUGCAACUGGUGCACAUGAUAUGUCAACCAUGGAAAGAAUAAUGCUUAGGUUUCGUCCAAUCGCACCUAAACCAGUAGUAGCCGGAACCACCGCUUCCGACGGUACUUCUUCAUCGGAGAGCGGCGAAGCUUUUGUCAAAACCGGCAGAACAAGAAGAAAGUACGUUAAACAAGUUAAACAAAACAAUACCACAGAGAAACGAAGGAUCCGUCGGAAGAAAACCGUUUCUUCACCGGAAAAUAAUCAUCCGGUACCGGUGACGGUGCCGGUGACUCUUCCUUUACUACCGGAAACUCCCGAUCGGAAGGAUUCUCCGGCGAGAGAUCUAACUCUAAAGGAAUCAAAUAAAAUUGAAAAUAAUAGUAACAUGCAACGGUGUCGGUGGCUGAGUUUCGAAAAGUACGGUUGCUACGGUACGAUGGAUCCGGUUCCGGUGCCGGUGCGGUUAGGUGACGGUGGUAAUUACUCGAGCGUGACGGUUGAGUGUGUGACUGACGCAUGGGUGGAGGGUGAAGGACUAGGGAGUACGGAUGAUGAAAAGAAAAUGAAUCUGAGUGUGGACACGUGUCCAGGGUUUAUAUCUGACGGUUACGGAAGAGUGACGUGGAUAAACGGUGCUUAUAGGGAAAUGAUGGGUGAAGGAGUAGUAGCUUUGGUGAUGAAAGUAAACGGUGUGAUUUUGUAUCCAUCGUUCACGUGUAGGGUUAGAGUGGUGCAGUUCGCAUGUGGGAGUGGAAGGGAGAGAAAUUCACUGACGGUUCCUUGUGAUGUUUGGAGAAUGGAUUGUGGUGGAUUUGCAUGGAGAUUAGAUGUUAAAGCUGCUCUUAGCUUGAGAUUAGGUUGCUAAAUCAAUCAUUUAUCUAAUCUCAUAUAUAAGAACUAAUUUGUGUUUUUGUUUCAAAGUUCUAAACUACUCUCUAAUUUGAAAAUUUUACAUUUUUCUUCAUUAAAGAAAGGAGUAUUAUUAUAUGCUUCUUUUUAAUAGAGGAAAAAUGAGAUUUUUGAAUGAAGAUGUGUUUUUAGGAGGAGUGGUUGAUUAAAAUCAUAAAUGUAUAGAACAAAGGGUUGAGUGUAAAUUAGGGCGUAAAUUAGUGCAUGUAGCUUUGUAUUCGGAGUUUGUUUUCUGUUCCUUUGUGGUUGGAACACUGGUGAGCCAAUGAAUAUGAUUAUCAUCGUGAAAUUGAUGUUUUUUAAUGGUUAAACAGAUCACAACUGAGUUUCCGUUUCUGGA